CGCGGAGCCGAGGAAACCGCGUGGAACGCGCGAGAGGCGAGAAAAACAAGAGAGAGAAAGAAAGAUCGAAGGAUCGAGCAAGCAGAGAGAACCAGACCGGCGUCUCCGCCGCAGUACCACGCACCAACCUAUAUAGUUUAUAUCACCGCCAAACAAGAAGAAAGAAAUACGGCGACAACGCCGACGGUACGCCAAUACCAGCAAUACCAGGUUGAUUACCAGUAGUAACGGUAUAAGAAUUAAAGAAGAGUAGAAAGGGUUUAUUUGGCGGCAAGGGAAGGCAACAGGGAGGCGUGGGGAGAAAGGGGAAGAAAGACAGAGAGAGAGAGACGUGACGUCCGGGGACGAUGACGGCCAAGUGAAUUAGAUGACGUUGUUUCGAUAAAUGCGAAAGACUCCUCCUCCUAAUCGAUUCUUUCUUUCUUCUUGGCCGUGACGGGGACGAUGAUGACGACGACGAUGAAGAAGAGGCUGCCGCCGUCUUCGUCGCCGUCGAUCCGGCAGCACUUCUGGCUGGGGCUGCAGCUGGUGCUGUCCCUCUCCGUCCUUGUCUGCGUCCUCGCCCUCUUCCGCCUCAAUUCCCAAUCCCAAUCCUCUGCCGCCGCCUUCUCUUCCCUUCCAUGGUCCUCCUCCUUCGCAGGGACUCCCAAGAUCGCCUUCCUGUUCCUCGCUCGCUCCAAUCUCCCCCUCGAUUUCCUCUGGCACGCGUUCUUCCAGAAUGCCGAGGAGGGAAAUUACUCCAUUUACAUCCAUUCCGAGCCAGGUUUCGUCUUCGAUGAGUCGACCACGAGAUCCGCCAUUUUCUGCGGCCGUCAGCUCAACGACAGCGUCAAGGUGGCGUGGGGAGAGUCGAGUAUGAUUGAAGCUGAGCGCUUGUUGCUUGCAACCGCCCUCGAGGAUCCUGCGAACCAACGCUUUGUUUUAAUCUCUGACAGCUGUGUUCCUCUUUACAACUUCAGCUAUAUAUAUAGCUACUUGAUGUCUUCUUCCAAAAGUUUCGUGGACAGCUUUCUUGACAAAAAGGAAGGACGCUACAAUCCCAAGAUGUCUCCUGUGAUUCCAAAAGACAAAUGGAGAAAAGGAUCCCAGUGGAUAACCUUGGUUAGAAAACAUGCCGAGGUUGUCAUUGCUGACAAUGUUAUCUUUCCAGCAUUCAAGAGAUAUUGCAAGCGACAAACAGCACUAGACCCCGGGAGAAAACAAAAUAUUAAAGCAGCUGCCCAGAAGCAACAUGAUUGUAUUCCAGAUGAACACUAUGUGCAGACAUUACUAUCUAUGAGUGGGCUUGAAGAUGAACUAGAGCGAAGAACCUUGACUUAUACUUCAUGGAAUCAAUCUUCAAACGAUAAGGAAAAACAAAAUUGGCAUCCUAUGACGUUUGAAUAUGCUGAUGCGAGCCCUCAGCACAUAAAGAAGAUAAGGGAUAUCAACCAUGUAUACUACGAGACAGAAUACCGAAUAGAAUGGUGCGAGUGCAAUGCUACAUUUGUUCCAUGUUUCUUGUUUGCAAGGAAAUUCUCGCGGGGUGCUGCCGUGCGCCUUCUGAAUGACGGAUUAGUUGGGCCUUUUGAUGCUUCUACUUUGUUAUUUAAUUCAUCAUGACCAUAAUCUCUCUCUUCCAUAUAUCUAAUUCUAUACAGCAAGUAGCAUGGCACUCACCCAGCUGGGCCAUCUCAACCGUUGCAACUUAAACUUACAUGACACUAACAUCGCAGCAGCAAAAGUAGGGAUGACCUACAAUUGCCAAAUAAUCUACAUCCAUCAAAGUGGCAACACAUUCCGCUAUACAGGCAGGGGAUAGCAAGAAACGUGCAGUCUGAAGAGUUGGGUGCAAAAUCUAAAACAGUUAUUUAUCAAUCAGAGCUGUUCUUGGACAAGAUGAUGCGGGACAACACGGUAUACAACAUUUAUAGUGUAACAUGGCAGAAGUAAAACCACCACUCGGAUUUAUUGUAUUACUAGAUUAUGAAGAGAGGAUUUGUGGCUACCUACCUACCAAGCUGUUAGGACAAGGACUGCUGUAUGAGUUCAAUCAUUGCUGCCGCUAGUCAUUUUUUUUUUCUUCUUCAGCUAGUUGAUCAUGCUUCAAGGCAAACAGCUUGAUGUUUAACAUUGCAUUUGCUGUUACUUAUUUUCCUAAUAUCUUGGUUUUGAGACUAUACCUCUGGUGGUAAAUGGGCACAAACUGAUUGAUCGGCUUUAAA